UUCAUCCAUCCAUCCACAGAGGACGCGCACAGAGCAUGGAGUUAGCGUGAUCCAAUAGCGUUUUUAGCUACGCAUUAAGUGUAAAAACAAUCGACCACUUCGUAUCAGUGUAAUAAAUAUCCGUAAAUCAAUUAUGCUCAAAUACAUGCCUUUAGCACGUGCGCUGGGCACCACAAACCUGCUACGCGCUGGGCCAGGGACAUUUCAAGUGCAGACUACGAUUCUUCCAGCACUAAAAGGCCGCCUCAGCACCACAUCUUCCAGCAAAGCGACGAAAGACCAAGAAACGGCGGCAGAUAUCGACAUGCCAGAUUUCAACAUGGAAAACCCAUUUAAAAAGGAGCCCCGACAGUGCAUUCUCUGCAAGCACAGCGUACAAGUUGAUUACAAGAAUGUUAAGCUUCUGAGCCAGUUUGUGUCACCAUAUACGGGAAAAAUUUAUGAGAAACACAUUACUGGACUGUGCCAAAAACAGCAAGAAAGUGUCAGGAGAGAAAUCAUGAAAGCAAAAAAAUGUGGUAUGAUGCCUCACUACCUAAAAAUGCCAAAGUUUUUAAAGGAUCCAAAACUGUUUGAUGCAUUCAAGCCUAGUAGACCUAAUCCACACUGACCUCAAGCUCCGGCAGAAGAACUGAGGUGCAAAAUGGAAGUAAUAAUAAAAGUACAAUUUACUGUACAAUUUAUUUU